AUGAGCUACGAGGGCGUCGGCGGAGGCUGCAUGGAUGAGCCCGAGCUGCUCCAGUUCGCGACGGAGCGGUACGUGGAGGCGGAGGCGUCGGCAGUCGACCUCGAGACGGACGGGCUGACCGACCUGCAGCUCUGCGCACAGUAUUGCAGGGAAUGUACUGUCUCCGUCCAGCGCAUGUUUCACGUCCGAAGCCUUGGUCGCGUGUGCGCAGACGCGCUGCGGGUAGGCGCCGAGCCCUUCCCCCUCGACCUGCUCGAGGAUCUCGCGCAGGACGACGACAGCGAGGUCAGACAGAGCGUCGCAGAGCAGCUCGGUGUAUUGACCAACGCCAUAAAAAUCUCCAGGAGGAAGCAGGAGGACGACCUCGCGCUCGGCCUGCUCAACGUGGCGUUCCUCCUGGUGGAGGACGAUUCGGACGGCGUGGUUGCUGCUGCAGAGGACGCGACGGCGACGGUGGCGACGCUUUGCACCACCGGGGAGGAGCGGGCGUUUCUGAUAUCGCGCGUGGAAGAAUUGUGCAGGUGCGAGGAGGAGGAGAUCAGGAUAUCCGGGUCGAAGAUCGCAGGUGAGCUCGCGGAGGUGCUCGGUGCGGAGACCACGGCUUCCACGCUUGCGCCCCUGCUGACAGAGCUAUCUAAAGACGGCGCGCUGCAGGUGAGGGAGGCUACAGUGCGGGCGACGGUGCGUGCGGGCGAAACCUUGAGAGGGACCGAUGCUGUGAUACAGUUAUUUGAUAUUUUUAGCUCACUGGCGAACGACCCGGUGUGGUCCGUGCGCAAGGCCUGCGCAGACUCUCUGGUGGGACUGUCAAAGAGCGUCGGGCAAGAUGCUUUCGCCGCGUUUGCGCAGGAGCUUUUUGAAACACUCGCGAAUGAUGUGAGCCUUCAAGUGAGGACCGGGAUGCUCGAAAACCUCGGCCCACUCAUCGCCGAGCUGGGAAGAGAGCGCACGAGCGAAUCUCUGGUAGACCAUUUCGUGAGCAUGGCGGAGAGCACAGGAGGCAGCGCGAGUGGCCUGCAGCUCUCGUGCGCAUUCGCUAUGCCAGGCGUUGCACUCACGCUGGGGCGUGAACGAUGGGCAGAAAUCCGGGGUGCGUACGACAUGCUCGCCCACAGCGUGCAUUGGAAGGUGCGACGCUCGUUAGCCUGCUCGCUGCAUGAGAUGGCGAGAAUACUUGGCAGCGAGCUGGCAGAUGCAGAUCUCGUGCCGGUGUUUCAGGAGAUGCUUGGCGACACGGACGAGGUGAGCAUCGGUGUUGUGAAUAACCUGGCAGCAUUUAUGCGCGAGAUCCCUCCAACCGUACGACUGGACCACCUGCAUGUGCUCGCAAGGAUUGCGACGCCAAAGUCGGACGUGACGAUUGGGAACUGGAGGCUCAGGGCAGCGAUGACUGAGCAACUUGGAGAUCUUUCUAAGAUUUUGCCGGCGUCUGCGAAUGAGGAGAUGACAAUACCACUCGCCCUUCGCCUGUUGAAAGAUCCCGCAUCCGCGGUCAGAGAAGCAUGCAUCGCGGUUAUCGGUUCGGUACUGCAGAAUAGCUCGGAUGGAUCAUCGUCCGCAUGGAGGUCUGGCCAGAUAGGCCGUGCCAUGUCUGCGAUUAAGCUUAUGGCAACAAACCAGCACUGGGCAGAUCGCCAGGCGUAUGUUCGUAUCUGCGGCGCUUUCGCGGGUUCAAUAAACGAUAACGUGCUCAUCGAAGAGCUCCUGCCGCUCAUGUUGAUGACAGUGGACGAUAACGUCCCGAACGUGAGGUCGGAGCUGGCCAAGUCACUCGCAAAUUUGCGGACUAAGGACAUUUUUGCUGAGCUGCCGGAUGUGAGUGCAGCUGCAGAGGCUCUGAGGAACGACCCAGACCCGGACGUUAGCCGGCACUGCGUUAUUACCGACCGGUCAAAACAUCUCGAGUUCUCCACCGGUCUUCGAGCGACGCCGGUCAAGUGA